GACAGUUAUUUUCUUCAUUUAAUACCUUGUCAGGCCAACUUAGCUGUUCCGAUGAGCCCGAAAGCUGAUCGAAUCUCGGAUAAUUCUGAUGCAAUGCAAUGACGUAGAAAAAAUAAAUUGCAAGAUUGACAAGAGGUGGUCAAUAAAGAUGCAAGUCUCUUCUGUAGAAAGACAUAAUUUUCUUCAUUCACGCGAACGAAACCGGCUCAUACAACCUGAUUUGAAGUUUGUAUAUGAGCUUGGAUCCCGGAGUACAGUAAAAGGUACGUAAGUCGUCGAAUACACUCAAU